GAGGAGGAGCGAGGUGACGCAGGCGUAAUAAUAGAGAAGGUGCCAGAAAGAUCCAAAACAAGUGGCUGCGGCCGUCGCCCAGGAGUCGUGAGGCGCCGGAAUUCGGCCCUGGUUCUGAGCUUAUUCCGCCCCCCUCCCCCGGGUAUGGCGCUGUCCGGGUCGACCCCGGCCCCGAGCUGGGAGGAGGAUGAGUGCCUGGACUACUACGGGAUGCUGUCGCUUCACCGUGUGUUCGAGGUGGUGGGCGGGCAACUGAGCGAGUGCGAGUUGGAGCUGCUAGCCUUCCUGCUGGACGAGGUCCCCGGCGCCGCCGGCGGCCUGGCCCGCGCCCGCAGCGGCCUGGAGCUGCUGCUGGAGCUGGAGCGCCGCGGGCAGUGCGACGAGAGCAACCUGCGGCUGCUGGGGCAACUCCUGCGCGUGCUGUCUCGUCACGACUUGCUGCCACACCUGGCGCGCAAGAGGCGCUGGCCAGUGUCUCCAGAACGCUCCAGCUAUGGCACGUCCAGCUCUUCUUCAAAGAGGAAGGAGGGAGGCUGCCGUCGCAGUCAGCAGUCAAGGAGUUCUUCAGAUGCUGAGCAGAGUCAGUGGGAGACAGGUUCUCCCCCAACUAAACGGCAGCGGCGGAGUCGGGGCCGUCCCAGUGGUGGCGCCAGACGGCGGCAGAGAGGGAGUCCAGCCACCCCCCAGCAGCAGCAGGAGCCAGCCGGGCCUACCUCAGAAGGCAAAGUGACCUGUGAAAUAAGAAUGUCUAAGCCCCUGGAGGCCGAGAAGCAAGGUCUGGACUCCCCGUCAGAGCACACAGACACGGAAAGAAAUGGACCAGACACUAACCAUCAGAACCCCCAGAAUAAGACCUCCCCGUUCUCUGUGUCCCCGACUGGCCCCAGCACCAAGAUCAAGGCUGAAGACCCCAGCAAUGACUCAGCCCCAGCGGCACCCCUGCCCCCACAGCCGGUUCAGCCGCAUCUGCCCCAGGCCCAACUCAUGUUGACGGGCAGCCAGCUAGCCGGGCUCACGGCGCUGAUGCCAGCUCAGCAGCAGCUCCUCCUGCAGCAAGCGCAGGCCCAGCUCCUGGCCGCCGCGGCCGCCGCCGCCUCCUCUUCCUCCUCCUCCUCCUCCUCCUCCUCCUCCUCGACCUCGCAGCCCCCAGCCUCCUCCGGGGGAGGCGACCUGCCGCCACCACAGCCUGCCAGCCAGCCCCCCGGGACCCCACAGCUCACCCUGUCCCAACCCAUCCAGCUCACAGCACAGGACAUCCAGCAGCUCCUCCAGCUCCAGCAGCUGGUGCUUGUGCCGGGUCACCACCUCCAGCCACCUGCUCAGUUCCUGCUGCCGCAGGCCCAGCAGAGUCAGCCAGGCCUGCUACCAACGCCAAAUCUAUUCCAGCUACCUCAGCAAACCCAGGGAGCUCUUCUGACCUCCCAGCCCCGGGCAGGGCUGCCCACGCAGGCCGUGACCCGCCCCACGCUGCCCGACCCGCACCUCUCGCACCCGCAGCCCCCCAAAUGCUUGGAGCCACCAUCCCAUCCCGAGGAGCCCAGUGACCUGGAGGAGCUGGAGCAGUUCGCUCGCACCUUCAAGCAACGCCGCAUCAAGCUGGGCUUCACGCAGGGUGACGUGGGUCUGGCCAUGGGCAAGCUCUACGGCAACGACUUCAGCCAGACGACCAUCUCCCGCUUCGAGGCCCUCAACCUGAGCUUCAAGAACAUGUGCAAACUCAAGCCUCUCCUGGAGAAGUGGCUCAAUGACGCAGAGACUAUGUCUGUGGACUCAAGCCUGCCCAGUCCCAACCAGCUGAGCAGUCCCAGCCUGGGUUUCGACGGGCUCCCCGGCCGGAGACGCAAGAAGAGGACCAGCAUCGAGACAAACGUCCGCUUCGCCUUAGAGAAGAGUUUUCUAGCGAACCAGAAGCCUACCUCAGAGGAGAUCCUGCUGAUCGCAGAGCAGCUGCACAUGGAGAAGGAAGUGAUCCGCGUCUGGUUCUGCAACCGACGCCAGAAGGAAAAACGCAUCAACCCCUGCAGCGCGGCCCCCAUGCUGCCCAGCCCGGGCAAGCCAGCCAGCUACAGCCCCCAUCUGGUCACGCCCCAAGGGGGCGCCGGGACCCUGCCGUUGUCCCAAGCUUCCAGCAGUCUGAGCACAACAGUUACUACCUUAUCCUCAGCUGUGGGGACCCUCCACCCCAGCCGGACAGCUGGAGGGGGUGGGGCCGGGGGCGGGGCCGCGCCCCCCCUCAAUUCCAUCCCCUCUGUCACUCCCCCACCCCCGGCCACCACCAACAGCACAAAUCCCAGCCCUCAAGGCAGCCACUCGGCCAUCGGCUUGUCGGGCCUGAACCCCAGCACGGGAAGCACAAUGGUGGGGUUGAGCUCCGGGCUGAGUCCGGCCCUCAUGAGCAACAACCCUUUGGCCACUAUCCAAGGUGCGUGCUGCCGCAUGUCACUCCCGUCGCCACCAGCCCCGUCCCCCAGGGCCUCGAGCCCCCAUCCCAUUCCUGCUCCAGUCAUGCCAUCCUGCCCCUGCUCACGGCAUCGCUCGCCUCUUCAUACCCACCUCGCCUUUGGGGAAGGUGUGAGGGGCGCCGGUGGGGGUCCGCGGGUGGGACGCUGGAAGGCACCCCCAGCCCAGCCUCUCUCUCUCUCCCCGCCAGCCCUGGCCUCUGGUGGAACCCUGCCCCUUACCAGCCUUGACGGCAGCGGGAACCUGGUGCUGGGGGCGGCUGGCGCGGCCCCGGGGAGUCCAGGCCUGGUGACCUCGUCACUCUUCUUGAACCACGCCGGGCUGCCCCUGCUCAGUGCCCCGCCUGGUGUGGGCCUGGUCUCGGCAGCCGCUGCGGCCGUGGCGGCCUCCAUCUCCAGCAAGCCUCCUGGCCUCUCCGCGUCCUCCUCGUCCUCCUCCUCCUCCUCCUCCUCCUCCACUUGCAGUGAGGCGGCAGCACAGACCCCUGGAGGCCCAGGGGGGCCCGAGGUAGGGUCCAAGCCUGAGUGAGGGCCCGCCACGCCUCCCCACCUCCUCCUCUGACCCCCGCCUCCGUCCCCGACCUGGGAAGAGGGCGAGGAGGCCAUUGGUGGGGCUGCAGAGGGUCCUCGGAGCAGGAGUGACAAGGGAGGAAAGACCAAAAAACAAGAAACAAAAAAAACAACCAACCAAAAAGAAAGAAAGGAAGAAAGAAAGAAAGAAAGAAACCAACCAACAGAAAAAAGAAAACCAAAAAUAAUCACAAAGAAACCAGCUGCCCCAAAGGAACAAGAAGUGAAAAACAAACAUUAAAAAAAAAAAAAAGAAAACCAAAAACAAACAAAAAAAUCCCUCACCAAACCGAACAAACCAAAAACCGGUCUCGAGCCAGACCUCAGUGUGCUCUCACCCUCACUGCUACGACACCAAAUAAGAACCCCAGCCAGGGGCGGAGAAGCCUCGGCAGGGCGGACACGCGGGCCCCUGGCUGCGGGGCGAAGCCUCCCGCUGCGUGCGGCGUGGGCAGAGAAGGAAAAGGAGAAUGUGCCAGCCUCCCAGCCCCAGCCCUCAGUCCUGGGCCAGCCAAGACAGGGAGGGCACAGCCUGGGGCUGAUGGGGUGGGCUCAGAACCACCCGCCAAAUAUUCUUUUCCAGAAGGUGAAAGAGAAAGGGCCCGAACACCUUUACACCAAAUAUUCAGUAGCUUCAUCCAAAGGAUGUACAGAAUUUUUAGCGUUGUGCUCAACAGAAUGUGUCCCUGUCAUGUGUCCCCCCUCUCCCCCGGCCCCCAGCUCUCCCUGCCCGGGCAGGGGGGUCUCGCUUUAACCUCCUCCCUCCCCCAGCCAGGGGAGAGUUCAGGGGAAGGCCUGGGAUGACUUUUCACCCCUUGUACCUCCCCCUUUUUCCCUUUGAAGGGUGGGCUAGGCCGUUUUGCCAAGUUCUAGCUCUCACAUGUCCCCCCUCAACCCUGUCACCCUCCUCUGCUCUGGAAUCUCCCCCAUCCCUAGUCCGAGGGAAGGCGGAAGCUUCAGGCAAGAGAGGAUGAGGUGAGGGCAUUCAAGUUGUCUUUUUUUCCAUCCUCGUCUGUCAGUUUCCCUGAAAAAAAAAAAAAAAAUUCAUAUUCCAGU